AUACAUACACGAUGCCUAACAGCGAUUGCCCGCUGUGCCACCGUGGCUACAGCCAGCUAAGCCAGCACCUGGGGGUGAGCCACGGUGUCCGCAAUAAGGCCGAGAGGAAGCUGCUACUGGCCAUUCCAUCCAGGAGGGUGGACGUGCGCAAGGGCACCUGCCCCCUGCCCGCCUGGGGAAAAUACACCUCCCGGAUGGACCGCCACCUGGCCACCCACACCGAGAUCAUGGUCGCGGCCCGCUGGCAGGCCACGGAGACCCUUAAGAGAAAAAAAAUAUUGGAGGGUCUCGCCCAGCUGCGGGCCAGCAACCCGGCCGUGGCCAUGGUCUCCACCCUGGACCUGGCAGGGGACCUGGAGGACCCGAUUGUUGCUGAUGCUGCUGCGGAGGCGGCGGCGGCGGGGGAGCAGGAGAGCGCCUGCAACAACCCCAGCUGCCAGGAUGAGCGGGAGGAUAUGCUGAGCGAGUCACUCAGGAAGGUGACUCGCCGCUACCGCCUGCUGCUGAGGAGGUCGCGGGGUAAGCCCUCCAGCCAGCUCACCCGGGUGACCGGCAGGCUGCUGUCUUCACUUCGCCUCCUCGCGCCGGGAGAGGCCAAGGAAGAGGAAGACCAGCCCCUGGCCCUGCCCUUGGAGGAGGUAGACCGACAGGACCCGGGCCCCGAGGCCCCCCACCCCCCAGCCGCCGGCCAAGGCGUCGACCUCCUCCUCCCCGGGUGAAGAAAAGCACCCCUUCCCGGAUCACUCAGCGGCCCUGAAUGUCCUCUUCGAGGAGUACCGGGGCCACCAGGAAGGGGCGGAUCCUGGACCAAGGCUCGUAAACAACGUGGCCUCGAAGAUCUUCAGGAUCCGCCACUUCAUUGGGUACAUGGCGGCGGGGCAGACCGACCUGGCCAGCCUGGGCUUCCUCAACCAAACGGCGAGGAUGCGGUCUUGGCACAACAGCCUGAACCAGGCCAAGAUCGCGGAGCCGACGGUGCACCACUACCUGAAAAACGUGGCCCAGUUCCUGGCCUACUUGGCCGAGAUCCCGCCGCCCACCUGCCGACUUUCCCGGACAGUCAUGGUGGGGCUGAACCGGGAGAUCAAAAUGAUGAUCCGGUCCGUGCGGCGGAAAGUGGUCAUGCACGAGGUGAGGGUGAAGCAGGCCAAGGAGGGCCGCAUUAUCCCCAAGGCCACUCUCCGCCAGUGCGUCGCCUCCGCCAAGACCACCAUCCCUGACAUUCUGGCCCAUCUCAGAGAGACGGCCGACAGGGCCCUGCAAUGGUCCUUCUAUGGGCACCUCACCACCUACUUGGCCUGUAUCUAUGGCCAUCGCGGUGGGGUGUUCCAGAACAUGACCAUUGCGGAGAUGGAGGCGGCCAAGACCGGAUCAAAGGAGGGGUGCUUCGUCAUCAACGCCAAGAACUCGCACACCCCUGGGGAUCGGCAGAAGGUGGCACAAUUCAUGUGCCAUGAUAUCUCCACGGCCGACCGCUUCUACGCUCUCAACCUGGACGCCAAGCAGGUGGCCGAACACUGCCGCCUGUUCGAGGCGGCCGUGGAGGGUGAGGACGCCGCCCCGGGGUCCCCGAAGGCCUGGAAGAAGACUGGAAAGAGAGCCGGGAAGAGUUCGGGCAAGUGGCCGGCACCCGCCGGCAGCCCGCCCGCCUCCUCCAGCCCAUCGCCUCCUGGCAGCCCGAGCCGACUACACCGUCCAAGAGGCGCAAAGUCGGCACUCCGAGGAAGAGGGGAUUUCCUCGGGCUCACCUCUCCCCCCUGAAGAGGAUGAUGUUGAUGAAAGUGGCAAAGAGGGCCCGGAAACAAACCGUUUUCUUUUAAUUUUUUAUUUACAUUUUCUUUGAUUGUUCUGUUCUGUUGUUAUAAUAAAUGUUUGAAACGUU